AUAAGCUGACUAUUGUUUUUCACAGAAUAACGUAAGCGUAUUCCGCGUCUCGUUACGAGAUAGUAAACAAUGCAGAUUGAUGUCAAGUGAGACUUGCGACGCGUAAAUCGCUUAGCUUGCGUUAAUAACUAACUACUCUCCUGAUUUGAAGCGAGCAGUUCGCGACUAACCUUUGGUCGUGUGCAUUCAAGAGUCGAUAAGCUGCAGCGUUUGUAUAGCAGGAAAACUUGGUUUCCAAUAUGCAAUUCGCUCCUCUGACAACACCGUGGGCAAGAAGAUUUCAGACACUUGGAGCUCUUCAUUACGUAGUAUCCUUCAUAUUUCUCGCUCAAAUUUGUCUGGCAUUUUUCGUGUACACAUUCUUCACUAGAAUAUGGCCGCUCUCGGUGAUAUACCUUGUUUACAUGUGGUUCGACUGGAAAACGCCGGAACGCGGUGGUAGGCCAAUCUACGCUAUAAAGAAUUGGGGGAUUUGGUAUGGAAUGCGCGAUUACUUUCCUAUAAAGAUUCACAAAACUGCUGAUCUCGAUCCUCGUCGGAAUUAUCUGCUGAUCUGUUACCCGCACGGGGUACUUUGUCCUGGAACAUUUCUCAAUUUGACUAGUGCCGUAACCGACACUCACAAAUUAUUUCCGGGCUUCGACAGUUACCUAACAAUGUUGCCUUUCUGGUUCAGGAUUCCACUAUUUCGUGAUUAUAUCUUGUCAGGAUCUCUGGUCUCCUCUACAAAGGCUUCAAUAAAGCACCUUAUCACUAAACCCAAAGGAGGUAAUUUAGUGGGAAUUCUGCCAGGCGGUGCACCAGAAUCUCUUGACGCCAGACCAGGCGAUGUAAAGAUUAUUGUUCGACAAAGAAUGGGAUUCGUGAAAAUGGCUAAAGUACACGGUGUUCCCCUCGUUCCUUGCUUUUCCUUUGGAGACCACGAGUUGUGGGAUCAAGCAGAAAAUCCACCAGGAUCUAAACUCAGAAGAUUUCAGGAAUUUUCCAUGAAGUAUUUAGAUGUGGCUUUCCCAGCGUUUCAUGCCAGAGGGAUAUUUCAAUACAACUAUGGCUUACUUCCACGAAGACGACCCUUGAACUUUGUCGUUGGAGCCCCAAUCGAAGUGGAAAAGGAUCCAAAUCCAUCGAGUGAAGAGCUUGUGGCCUUGCGGGAGAAAUACAUAGAAAAAUUGGAAGAACUUUUCAACAAACACAAAACAAAAUAUCUGAACGAAGAUGUUAAAUUGAUUAUAUCAUAAAUAUAAUGACCGAUCAAUUCGAUUAUCACCAAGUAUCUACAAAAUUGCUGAUUUGUUAAAAAGAUUUUCAUUUGUCUUGCUACUAAUUAAAA